UUACGUGAGAUCGUCGAAGUAGAUCUUCGCUGCCCAGUCCAGGCACAUUUUUCGUAGUAAAUUCAAGGGCAGCCUAACCUAGCGGGAGCCUUGCGACCGGCUCCUCGGUCAUUGAGCGCAUUCAUCAUUCCCCGGGCCCUACUCUUCCAUUACACCGGCCAUGCUGCAGCCCACAGUAAAAGAGCUUAAUACAACCGACGGUAGUAACCGGUUUAGGUUUCAAUCGUUUCAUGAUCGUAUCAAAACGGUGAAAAUCGACGUUGCUCAUCGUGUCCGACAACAUGGUCCAAUCGAGGACGAGGAUGGCUCUUUCUUCAAGGAUGCUCUUGAUCGAUGGGUGGAAGUCAACUGUACUGGACACUUCACUUCAUUUGUCCGGGAUGUGCGGCCCUUGUCCAUGUCACUGGUGCAAAUACUAUAUCAUAAAGAUGCGAUGAUGACAUUGAUCAUGCGUCAUCUUCAAAUAUUCGACAGUCUCGCGUACGAGCCGAUUUUGGAUUUGACCGUGGCGUUAGCUCGAGAUCUGCAGGAUGAUUUCCAUCCCUAUAUCCGUCCACUUUUUGAAAUCAUUGUUCGAUUGCUCCAAAUAUCAGAUAUCAAACUAACCGAGUGCCUGUUCAAUACUCUCGCGUAUCUUGUUAAAUAUCAAUCCAAAUACCUACUAAAUGAUAUGUCUUCGACUUUUGACUUAAUGGUCCCACUGUUAAGAAGCACAAAAGAGUACAUUCGGCGUUUUGCAGCAGAAUCCUUCGGAUCGUUGAUGCGAAAGGUUCAAGGAGCAUCCGCUGCCUUAUUGUAUGAGGACAUCAUCCGGCGCCUCAGAGCGACCCCUGAGGAUCCUCUUCUCGAUGGCCUCAGCGCACUUUUCUUCGAAGCUGUUAAGCAAGUAGACGGAAACGUCCACUACCGGUCACCAGUAAUGGUGAGGCAGCUAUUCUUGGUAAUACUGAGUGAAGGAUCCGAUGACACCGAUCCUGCGUACCGGAUGCUGCAGCGCUUAUUUGAACUAGUCGGGCAUCAUACCGCAACUGAGAAUCUGAUCCCUCUAUGGGAUACUUUGUUAAGCGAGUUGCAGUCAUGGAUGGAAAAAAUUAGGGCAGGAACACCAACAGCGACUAUCUAUAUGCAACUAAGCAAAAUAAUGCAUUUGAUCCGCAAUUGGGUUGCUCUUCGCAAUGGCAGAAAGGUCACAAAUCGAGAGUCGCUCUAUAUGACAUUGAACCCUCUUUGCCAACUUCUUUACGAGGCGCGCGGUGACUGCCCAUCGCACACAAAAACAGCUUUUGUUGAGCUGCUGGCCGAAUGCUUGCUGAUUUCUUCAAUGGAAGAGGUGCUUACCCGUGGGAAGGAUAUUUUGAAUACCCUCUUCACAACUGAUGACUUCGCACUCGUCCUCCAUUUUUGCGACCUGCUCCAUCAUCGGAAUUGGGAGCACUUCCCCAGAAUCAUCCUUCCGUAUUUGUUGACAUAUAUACAAGGAAGAUGGGCACUCCAUCCAAAAGAAUUUAUUCUGUGUUUAGCGAGCUUUUGCGGCAAGAUCGAUCAAUACAUCGCAACCCUUCCAUAUUCUUUUAAGACGGCUGAUAAUCGCAUUCGCUUUGACUCUCAUGUGAGCUACCUCCGAUCAUCAACAAGAAAUGAGAUUAAAAGCAAGCCUGAAUCUGAUAUAGCUCCGGCAAUUAUUGAUUUAUUGCGAGAGCGAGAAAGCUGGAACGCUAAGUUUCGAGAAAUCGCGAACGAAUCGCAUCAGGCAUCUUCAGAUCUCGGUCUACUUGCCGCCGUAUGUUCAACCAUCCCUUACAUUGCGCUACCAUUUGCGGACGUUUUUGAGGCUCUAAAUGCUUUGAUAGCAUCGCUCGUGGACGUUCUCUCUGGCGACAUGUUGACCGACCCUGCCAGCCGCGCUGUAAUGUCUGCUUUGGCUGGCCAUGUGAUCGGUGCUCUAUCUGAAUCUGCUUCACGGAGUGGGAGCAUUCAUCGCUUAGGCGACGCAUGGGAUGUGAUCAUCACUUCGUUUCUGCCUUAUGCUGUCAACAAUGCUGUAGCUCUGCAAGGGGUGGCCGACUUUGUAGAAGUCCUUCAGCGGUCGGGCGAUCACGCUCUCCUAUCUACCGGUAAUCUUGGAGAAGUUUUUGCCACUAUUGGUAAAGAUAUUGGGUCUCUGAACGGGGACGUUCGACUGCAUACCUUACGAAUAUUAUGUGCGUUUGAUCAGUGUCCUCUGGAACCUAGUAAGGAUAGCGCAUAUACUGGAACCUGUCCUGUUUUUGCGAUCUGCUUGGAGGUGGAACGCACUGCAAACACGGUCGCGACACUUAGAGAGAAGACCAUCCUUUUCCGGCGUCUCGAGUCCCUAGCUCUGUCUGGUACUCUGCCGGCUAUGUAUGCGCAGGCGCCCUUACGCUAUGCGUUGGCGAUGUUGAGUGUGCCGUUCACCCCUCUUUGGGCCGAAGCCACUAAACUCGUUUGCAACCUUGGACAACGCGAUCUGAGCCUUUUCUGGUCAGCAUAUUAUGAAACGCUUCUAGGAGCGGAUGUAACUUGCAUGAUACGAAAAGACAUGAAUAUGUGUGAUCAGGCAGGUCUGGAGAACAAGGAAGACGUUUCGCCGGCGCUCGAAGCUCCGCAACCCGGCGUUACGGUGAACUGCACAAAUGUCGCAGAUGGGACUAUCUUAGUCCGUGCCGUUUACACUGAUAUCGAUGACCGCCUGUCCAUAUUCUUAAGAGAUCUAGUAACCAUUUCCAGCCAUCGUUUCGAUCCGGUGAAAUAUCAUUCUCUUCUCAUAGGCAUUCUCUCUGGUGUACCCCAAGCCGUCGAGAAGCAUUCUGAGCAGAUUGUUUCCAUAUUCCUCGCGCUAUUUGAGAUGGAGGAUUGUCGUCAAACCACCUUUCAACCUCGUCAACCUCUACCAAAUGGAGCAGGCACAGAGCGUCAGCAAGCGCAUGUUGAGAUCAGAGAUGGAUGUCGAAUGAGAGUGAUCGAUUUCCUAGGUGUCAUGUCGAAAGUUAGGCAACCUUCCCGUAUUUAUAAGUCGCAUUUGUUGUACAACGUUUACCUGCAGCUUCUUUCGCAUGGGGAUGAUCGGCUUCAGAGAUUGGCUCUCGAAUGUAUAAUCGCCUGGAAACAGCCGGGGAUCCUAUAUUUGGAAGAUGCUUUGAAAUGUCUUACCGAGGACGAUAAGUUUCGUGACACUCUUUCAAAGGUGGAUAUGGAGGACAUUCAUGCGAAUGUGAAAGUUGUGGAUCAGGCGCCUUUAGCCCAGGUUCUAGUGCGCAUUCUGUACGGCAAGCUCAUCAGUAAACGAGGUCGAAGUUCUGCAAUGAUGUUAAGAGCCCGGCGAACGGCGAUUUUCGCGUUUCUAGCUGGAUUAGAUGAGUCCUACCGCGCACACAUCUUUGACAUGAUGCUAGACUCGUUCGAUGCCGUCGUCUGUACUCCGGAACCGACCUUUGAGGCCCCUUUGCAGAUAACGGAUGGUUUAAUGAACGAAUCGCUCAGGGACAUGAAGAGAAAAAUUGGCUAUCUGCAUUUGCUUCAAGAUGCCAUUAAGCAACUGAGGAAUCUACUGGUCCCCUUCCUACCAAAGCUACUAAAAGUCCUGCUAUACCUGCUACAUUUUUCUAAUACUCUCGAGGAAGAUCGCAAAAGAAAUAACCGGUCCUCUGAGACAAAUGAGGAUCCAGGGGAAUCGUAUGUCGACAAGCAACUGAAGGAGAUUCGUGUUCUCGCAAUCCGUAGGGUAAACGAGCUAUUUGAGGUGGAUUUGGAUUUUGACUUUAGCCCGUAUAUCCCGGCGAUGUUCCAGACGUCCAUCAACAAACGGAUUGCCGCAUUCGGUGUUGAGAAUACGCAGGCGCCUAGUUCACUCCUUGAGCUUCUGAGGACAUGGUCGAAACAUCGACAAUAUGCAUCGUAUUUGAUCGAUUACUCGCCACUUUUAUUCCCGAGCAUUCUGUCUCUCCUCUCCGCGAAGAAAGUACAACCCGCGGUCGUCAAUGUCGUGUUGGAAAUCGUUGAAGCGAUUCUGCUAUUGGAUGACGAGUAUCCAUCCGAUUCCCUGGCAACGAAUAUCAUAAAACCGAGUUUAUCUGUGCUGAUGUUCAAUCUCCGCUGUUUGCUCUCUUCUCUUUUCGAAGACAAGGGGCCAACACGAUUACUGGGCAACACUAUUCCCGCUCGGGUGAUUCGCAUCCUGGCACAGAUAUCCAUGCACGUGACGGAUGCUGAUCAGGCGUCUAAUCUGCUGGACAUGAUGCUACCUUACCUAAAACGGCCCGCGAAGGCUGUUCCAGAGUCCACCAAGGUCGAAAUCCUUCGGAUUUUUUCCGACUUCGUGUCCAUAUUACCUGCGUUGAGGGAAACAUCACCCUGUGGCACAAUUUACUUCAAGGUCAUAUCCCAACUGUUUGGAACGCUAGAAAGUAGAGAAGCGCGCGAACAAUUACUUAAAGUCUUUUCGGAAUUUGUCAAGCUUGAUGCUAGUCUGAACCUUGUGUCAGAGCUCAUACAUGGGCUAAACGCAUAUUCCACAAACCGCCUUGACGAACCAGACUUUGAUCGCCGCUUUGAGGCCUUUGGACGCAUCAGUCAAUCUCUCUACGUCACGUUGAGCUGUACGCAAUGGCUACCAAUUUUGCAUAACCUGCUGUUUUACAUUCAGGAACCUGAAGAGUUCUCCAUUCGUACUAGCGCCGGUUUUUGCGUAUCCCAAUUUAUUGCCCGAACGUCGGAACAGCGGCAUAGGGACACGCCAGAAGAGUGUGCGGAGCGGAUGAACUUGUUGGUUCACGUUAUACUUCCGAGGAUACGACGAGGGUUCAAGCUCAAGAUCGAGCUGAUCCGACAGGAGUUUCUAAAUCUGUUGGCACAGACUGUGCGCUCUUUCCCAUCUUUGUCAUCUGUUUCUGAUAUGGUGGGUCUUUUGGCUGACGGCGAUGAGGAAGCCAGUUUCUUCGGCAAUAUAUACCACAUGCAAAUACAUCGACGCAUUCGUGCAUUGCGACGCCUUGCCGAUGAAUGUAGAGCGGGACAUUUAACGGUCGGGAACAUCGCUAAUGUAUUUGUUCCGAUCGUUGUACAUUUUAUUUUCGAAUCUGACCGUGUGCAAGAUCACGACCUAAUCAAUGAAGCGGUUACUACCCUUGCAGCAUGUGCAGGAUCGUUGAGUUGGGGACAUUAUUAUGGACUGCUCAAACGGUUUCUCAACGCCCUACAGCACAAGCCGGCACUUGAGAAAGUGAUAAACCGGGUCAUCAUCAGCGUGCUGGAUAAUUUCCAUUUCGAUGUCUCAGGAAAGAAUGAUCACGCGAUGCCCAAUGUGAGCAGUGAAGAAAGUGCAGUUCAGUUGUACGUACCUGAAGAUGCAAAUGACCAUGUUGAAGUUGACAUCGAUGAGGACCAGAUAGAUGAAGGAGCCGAAGGCAUGGUGAACAAAUUGGGUAGUGAGAUGCCGGACAUCUCGCUUACUGAACGGGUGCAUAGUACGGUCAUGCAAAGGCUCUUGCCGGAUCUGCAAGGCUACCUGGCGGCAGUUGACGACAACACGAUACCUAUUCGAGUCCCGUUGGCUCUGGCUAUUGCGAAAUUACUGCAGAAACUUCCGGAAAAAAGUAUACAGGUUCAGUUGCCUAAGCUGAUUACAACACUCUGCCAAUUUCUUCGCUCUCGAGGCCAAGAUGCUCGCGAUCGGACACGGGACACAUUGGUUAAGAUUGCUGCAGUUUUGGGUGCUGAGUAUUUACCUUUCAUCUUAAAAGAACUCGAAGGGGCGCUUACGAGAGGGUAUCAACUUCAUGUCCUCGGUUUUACGGUGCAUUCUCUAGUUUCCAACAUGGUUCCCACUGUUGCUGCCGGGCAGUUGGACGCGUGUGUAGGAAACCUUGUCCGAAUCUGCAUGGCUGAUAUCUUCGGUGACGUUGGUGCGGAAAGGGAAGUGGAGGAACUUCGAGGAAAGAUGCGUGAGAUUAAAGUUACGAAAAGCUUUGAUUCUUUUGAGCUCAUAUCUCAAGUAGUCAGCUUCAAUAUGAUCGGAGCUCUGCUGCUACCGCUGAAGGAGCUCAUGCUGGAAACUAAUAGUGCGCCAGUGAUACGCAAACUCGAAGAGGUUUUAAGGAAGCUUGCAGUCGGUCUGAGCAGCAACACGGGCUUGAGCGAGACCGAUUUGAUGGUCUUCAUUCAUAACCUUGUGACCGAGAGCCUUUCUAUAUCCCAAAUGCCAGCUCAGACAAAAAGGGAGAGAGCAGUCGUCGAGCAAAAUUUUCUGGUUCAACUGAAGCGGACUGAUUGCGUUGAGCCUUUGAAGUAUUUUCAAGCAAAUGCACAUAUGUUUGUUAACUUCGGGCUGUCCCUCCUAUUGACAGCAUUACGGACGGAACGCGUCAGCAUUCGGAACGAACGUCACCUGAGCAUGUUAGACCCAUUACUUGAACUUCUCGGCCGUUCGCUAUAUUCCAAACAUAGUGCAGUUAGCAUUCAGGCAUUGCGAAUAUUGACCAUCCUUGCAAAAGCACCCUUGCCGAAGCUGAAGGAAACCAUACCGAUCGUUCUCAAGCGAUUGUUUGAAAUCGUGAGCAGGAGCCUGGCUACGAAUCCCGAAUUGGUCCAGGCCGCCUUCCGCUUAUUGACCACCAUAAUACGGGACUGUAGUUAUGUGCCAAUUGAUCAAAAUCAAAUUGCCGCACUACUCGAUGUCAUUCGUCCCGAUGUAGAAACACAAGUGCCGGAUCGGCAGACGACGGUAUUCUCCCUCAUCCGUGCGAUCCUGGGACGGAAGUUUCUUGUCAAAGAAAUCUAUGAUUUGAUGGAUAUUGUGCGGAAGUGCAUGGUGACAAGUCAAAGUGCUCAAGUUCGCGAUCUUUGUCGACAAACGUAUCUCCAAUUCCUCUUGAACUACCCACAUGGUCCAAAUAGCUUGCGCAAGCAACUAGGUUACUUGGUUAAAAAUCUGGCAUACGAACACGAAAGCGGACGCGAGUCAGUACUCGAGAUAUUAAACUUGCUGAUCCAUAAGGGGGCUGAUGAAAUGAUAUUUCAUUACGCGGAAAUGCUCUUUGUCGCCUUGGUGAUGAAUCUAGUCAACGACGAUUCCGCAAAGUGCAGGGAGAUAUCUGGCUCCCUCCUUUCUACCCUGACGGCUCGUUUGGAUGGGAAUCGAGUAUCCAAAUUGCAGCUUCUAGUGGAAAAAUGGUUCGAGCAGGACACGCAACCACACCUGCAGCGCACAGCCGCGCAGGUUGCCGGACUCAUGGUGGAAGCCUCUGGCGAAAAGCAAAAGAGAUGGCCACCAGCAUUACUGGCACAUUUGGAGAAAGUGCUGCACGAAGUGGCCGAGCAGCAAGGUAGAACCAACGAACAAGAAGAGACGGGGCCAAUUGAAGAAGGCCACACCUGGCAGAUUGCGUAUUAUACCGUGAACACCUUUUCCAAGGUUCUAGUACAAUAUCCCGACACCAUGGAUGCAACCGAACCAAUCUGGCAACACGUCCACCGGCUACUGCUACAUCCUCACCAAUGGGUUCGAAUUGCCUGUAGCCGCUCUUUUGGCCUUUUGUUUGGUAAAAUCGAUGUUAUAUCCCGUAAGGUGAUUAACUCUCGAGUGGCAAGUCCGCAUACCGUCCUGGCUAGCCAAGAAUCGCUUAAACACCUAGGCAAUUCUUUCUGUGCUCAGUUGAAUUCUGACUUGUUGACGACGGAUCUUGCUACGCAAGUAGUAAAAAACCUAUUUUUCCUUGGAAAGUGCUUCUACGAGCUAAACAAGGGCAACUUCGCCAUGAGAGGGCUGGUACCAUCCCUGGAAGAAUUGGACGAUACCGCAUCACAUGAGAGCGAACCCAUAUUGGAGGACCAGAUUCCCAGCUCGGGACCAGAUGACGCACCCUCACAUGGUGAUUUGCUACUUGCACUGUGCCGUAAGUUGUCGUACCUGGCAAGAGCUGAGGCUUCCAAGAAGCGGGGACCUAUCCUGCGUCGUAGCGUCUUUCAAUGGUUUGCGGCCAUGAGUAGGUACAUUCCAUCGGUACAUCUGAAACUAUAUCUUGUUCCGAUGGUAUCAACGUUAUACCGGACGUCCAAAGACGAGACUGCCAAGGGCAGCGAUGCAGACGAGCUGCGCCUACUAGCAAACGAGGUCAUGGAAUUGAUUCAGAGGCAGGUCGGUACUGCAGAUUACCUGGAAGUCUACAAUCAAGUGCAUUUCCGAGUGCAGACGGUCAGGCAAGAACGGAGAGUACAAAGGAACGUACAGGCUGUUCUGGAUCCAGAAGCACGAGCCCGGCGAAAACUUCAAAAAUCCAACAUGAAACGCACAAACCGAAAGCGGAAAGCAGAGGAGUUUGCGAGAACCAAGCACCGAACAAACAUCUCCAAGAAGUUGCGUCAUGGGCAAUGAGCGACUGCUGAUAUUUUUUUGUAUAUACUGUAUUUUUAUUGUAUUUCGCAUAUCUUAUACAUGUUUAUAUAGAGUUUUGUAGACCAUAACCAAUUAUUGUCCCCAACAUGAAUAGCGAUGCUCUGGAAAAGUGUAAACAGAU